AUUGGUGACAAUGAGUGGUCACUUCAGAUACACUCAAUGGGAUCCACAACUCAUUGUAUCUCAGAUCAUAACCAUUCAGGCGUUGUUUUACACGUCUUUAGGUGUAUUGAUAUAUAUAAGCGAUUGUAUGACUGGACACUCACCACAACUCAACCACCUCUUCAACUAUCAGGAGUUGAGUGUUAAGUCAGGCCACGGAAGACUCAUCAUAUUAUCAUACUUUCUGAACGCACUGUUCGGAGCAUUUGUUUUGUGGCAUUUGGUUCAGAGGGCGAAGCCGUGUCUGGACUUCUCGGUCACCACUCAUGUGAUCCAUUUGGUGAUGUGUUGGCUAUAUUCGGGUCACUUUCCGUGGGGGAUGUGGUGGUGGGCCGUCAACAUCCUGUGCGUCACAAUCACUUGCGUUUGCGGAGAGUUCUUGUGUCUCAAGACUGAACUCAAGUCCAUUCCUCUGACACUCUCUCAACGAACCGAAGUUUAGACUCCUUUUUGUUUUAAUCUCUUUUUGUUU